AUGCCUCCAUAUAACAUAUCGGAAAAAGAUAAAGCAAAUAUUGAAAAAUUACGGGAAGCUGUGAAAGACGAGCUCACACCAUACUACAACACUGAUUUCAACUUAUUACGAUGGCUCCAAGGUUAUGAUAACAAUUUCGAUGCUAUAAUACCGAAAUUGAAAAAUCAUUUACUCCUUCGAAAUUCAAAAUGGAAUUUGGACAGUAUGGCAAGUAAACCUCGCAAUCAUCCAUUGCAUGAUUAUUGGAAGGCUGGUUUAACUGGUCCAGCAAUAAAAACUCAAAAUACUAUUGUUAAUAUCGAGCAAACAGGACGAAAUGAUUUCUGGGGAAUGAUACAGACAUUCCCGGUAAAUGAAAUUAUGCUUGCUCGAACGCAAGAUCUCGAAAUAUUACUUCAUGCAAUAAUGGAAAUGGAAAAAAAAACUGGCGAACAAGCUUAUAUUAUGUAUGUGAUGGAUUUGAUGGAUUUGAAAUAUGAUAAACGUCUUUUGACUUUAUUGACCGGUCCAUUGACCAGUAUAUCAACAUUUAUGAGUGAGCAUUACGUAGAAAUGAUCAAUAAAUUUGUGCUUGUCAAUGCACCGUCAUUUAUGGCUACUAUCUGGGCAAUUGCAAAACCAUUGUUACCAGAACGAACUCGUCAGAAGGUUGUUAUAUUUGGCACAAAUUGGAAGACUGAAAUUCAGAAUGUUGCUGUUCCGGAAGUAUUGCCAGCAUAUUGGAAUGAUAACAACAUAAAGGUAUUCAAAGCAGAAAUAGAACGUGUUAAAGCAUUGAAUCCACAAAAUUAUCAUCAAAAAAGGUUUGAUGAAAGGUGUAAAGUAUUAUCAGUGGGUGCUGGGAAAACAGGCACAAUUGAUAUUAAUGUUAAAAAAGGUUCUGUAAUAAAAUUUUGCAUUCAUGCUGAUGGACAUUUUGGAUUCACAAUUUUCUAUGUCGAUGAUCAGUGUUGUAAAGAUUCAAAUUCAUUAGUCAACAUUUAUCCUGUAUUACUGAAAAUGCCUGGGCCAACUGUGGUACCAAUCAAAGAGGAAAUUAAAUGUGAAAAAGGUGGCACAUAUAAAAUUUGGUUUAGUAACGAGCAUGCAUGGUUACAUACGUUAAAUAUCCAUUAUCUAAUCGAUGUUCAAUCAGAAAAUGAAUAA